GUCAAAAGACGUUAGGAAUAAGUCUCAAACACCUUGUCAAUGAAAUCUGCAAGGUCAAAAUCACGUUUCGAGAGACCUUUGACUGCAUGCGUUUUGAGGGAAAUUUCAACACGAUUGUACGACUAACACAG